AUGUCUUUUCCAUUCGUUUCUGAUGUUUCAAAAGACCCUUUAGAAUACGAGUAUAUAGAAGAAGAUAUGCCCAUGGGCUCCUCUACGCCUACUAAAUCACAAUCAGGAAAUGGCUCCUCACGAGGGUUCGAUGGCUCUCAUCAACAACGUCUUCAAGAGGCGCUCUUCGAGUUAAACCAAGAAUCCAUGCAUUCCAUUCAUUUGAGCAUAGACGAGUCUAUAUCUGAAAAUAACAAUAUAUUAAACGAUAGAGAACUCCAGCACCCUACCUCUUCUUCUCUACCACAAAAAGAUGCACCCGCAGAAAGUCCCUCGAAAUUGAAAACUCCCAUGAGCAGCUGCUUUGAGGAAUGGUUGCCAUCGUCCAAAUACAAAUAUUCAAGUCCUACAAAGAGUCCUACUAGGUUUCUUGCUCCCACAUCUCCCACGAAGCGAGGUAUUCCUCUAAUGGCAAUCAAUGCAAAUCAAAUAACCCCUAAAAAUCGCAGCCUUCAUGGAAAAGCAAAUUUCGAAAACUCCUCGUUACCUAGAUCUAUAGACCGAACAUUCAACAGCUUUCGUACUCCUUCUCGCCCUGGGUUGCGAAAAGAUUCCCCCUCCCCUUCUAAGACUGCCAACAAACAAGAAUCGCUCAAAAAGAAAGAUGGAACUCGUUGGAACAAUCAAUCAUCCACCACCAAUUCUAUUCAAGGAGACGCCGUUUCGAGAGAGGAUGCUGCAUCAGAAACUGGUCAAUCUUUCAAUGCCUCCCCGUUUAGAAGCUUCAUGGAGACUACUUUGGAGGAAAGUCUGGCGCAUGAUGAUGCAACAUGUCCUCAUCUUGUCAGAUUAGAAAAAUUUCGAGAACUACUUUCCUUUGUUCAAUUGGAGUUGCAAUGUUAUGUUGAUCCGUACAAAAAAGAACUUCGAGAAGCCAAAGAACAGAUAGCCUUAAAGGACCAAGAGUUGGAGAUUUUACGAACUAAACUAAAGAAUGCUGGUCUAUCCUGA